GCAUUGAUAAACAUUUUAAAUUCUUACAAUUAGGCUUGUUAAUAGUGGUAAUUUGCUUGGUGAUGAACGGAUUGAAGAAGCUAAGCGGAUGCUUCGAUUGUUUCCCAUAUGGGCAACCUGUUUAGCAUAUGCCAUAACCUUCUCUCAGAAUUCGACCUUUUUCAACAAGCAAGGUGGCACAAUGGACAGGCAUAUUGGACAGAGCUUCCAAAUUCCAUCGGCCGCUCUACAAAGCAUUAUAAGCAUCGUCACUGUCACCUUCAUUCCUGUCUAUGACCGUGUGCUUGUUCCCAUAGCCAGAAAUAUUUCUGGGCUUUCCUCUGGCAUCACACAGCUUAAAAGAAUUGGCAUUGGAUUGUUCUUUUCGGUCAUUUCGAUGGUCGUCGCAGCUCUGGUGGAGAAGAAGAGAAUCGAAACUGCAAGAAAACAUGGCUUGAUCGAUAAGCCGAAUGCAACAGUGCCAAUGAGCGUAUUGUGGCUGCUUCCUCAGUACAUUCUAUUUGGCAUCAUGGGCGUGUUUGGACUUGUUGGCCUGCAGGAGUUUUUCUAUGAUCAGGUACCUGAUGCUUUGAGGAGUCUAGGUCUUGCUCUCUAUCUCAGUAUAUUCGGCAUAGGAAGCUUCAUUAGUGGUUUGCUUGUUUCAGUGAUUGAUGAAAUUACUAAAAGAGAAGGGGAGAGCUGGUUCUCAGACAAUCUGAAUAGAGCUCAUCUUGAUUAUUUCUACUGGCUACUUGCAGGACUUGGUGCUAUUGCGCUGGUCCUUUUUGUCUGUUUCGCUCAAUCCUACGUAUACAAGAACGAAUACCGCAGUGUGUAAUAUGCUAAAGCAAACCGAAUUUUAUUACUUAAAAUAUGCUUUGUUAUUGUCUUCAGUUCUAUAUCAAGAUAAGCUCAGACAGCUUGUGUAGUUUU